AUGCCAACAAUAACCUCUACAACACAAUUAACUGAAACACCUUCGGAUUUUAAUACAACAGCUAUAACAAUGAUCAAUGCAAGUGAGCAAUUCUCUACGGAUGACAAUGAAAAUAUUGUUUCAAUCAUGGAAUCAACAAUAGCGACAACAUUAAGUAGUAUCGAUACGGAUAUGUCAACAACAACAACAACAACAACUGGUAGAACAACAACAACUACCAUGACUCCACCAAAUUUAUUGAUAAAUCCUGACGCUGAAUUAGGGUCACUUGUUGGUUGGAAUCAAACUGGCUCUUCUCCUGUCAUGAUUGAUUCAAAUGGGCAAUUCAAUGAAAAUUAUUAUCCACAUAGUGGAACUUUUUGCUUUGUUGGGGGAGAAGGACCUGGUUCACCAUCAAGAUUAGUUCAAAAUGUUAAACUAUUGGGUGGUGUACAAGGAAAAAUUCAUUCAUUAAAACUCAUGUCAAAAUGUGUUGAUUCAUUAUUACCGACACCAUCAUUACCACCGCCAUCUCCACUUGUUGCUAAUAAUGAUGGUGUUGAUGAAUCUAUUAAUGUAUAA